UAGUACUGUUUUAUAAUCUGACGAGUCAAGUCGUGUGCUGCCUCUCCACGCUCUCUGUCGCUACGCUACGUGUCCGCCAGCCACAGCCACAGCCAGAGCCAGAGCAGAUCGGUGUUUGUGUCCGGUGCUGUGAGACCCCUGUGUGUGGGAUCUGUUGCAUGAUCAGAUCAGAUCAGUCGCUAAAGCGCCGCGUGCUCGACAACGCGUCCUCUAGAGAGCCCCAGCCAGCCACCAGAUCGCUGUGUGGUCUUCCCCUUCCAUGAAAAAGGGUUCAUAAUAAUUAUCACUGUGUAUGCUUUUGAUUCACCCUUUUUGGCAACUAAUCGGAGCUCAGAAAACUCCCUUUAACUAGGCUUAGGCAGCUAGACAGCUAUACCCAAAAGGGGAACCCCCUUUAAGCCCUGAGCGCAGCAUACAUCGACAAUGACGCGACCCAAGCAAAAUGAGAGCAAAUUCAAGGCAUUCAUGCGGGAGAAUGUCCUCACCAUGGCCACCGUCAUCGGUGUCUUUGCGGGAGGCCUGAUCGGUUUCAUCAUCAAGAACAGCACCGGGGAAUGGACAAAGCGUGAGAUUAUGUACAUAUCAUUUCCGGGCGAGAUCUUUUUGCGCAUGCUGAAGUGCCUGAUUGUGCCGCUGUUGGUGUCGUCGAUAACCAGCGCCAUUGGCGGACUGGACUUGAGCAUGUCCAGUAAGAUAGCAACCAGAGCCAUCACAUAUUACUUUGUGACCACCAUAUCGGCUGUGGUUUUGGGCAUUUGUCUGGUCACCACACUGCGCCCCGGACAGGGUGCCAAGAUUGUGGAAACCCAAACGGAGAGCAUCGAUAAGGCAUCCAAGGUGCUGACCCCAGACACGCUAAUGGAUCUGGUGCGAAACAUGUUCACGGACAACAUCAUCCAGUCCACCAUGUUCCAGUAUCGCACUGAGAUCUUUGAGAACACCAGCAUUAGCCCUGCACAACCCAUGGAAGCCUGGCAAUUCAAGUCCUCCCAACGCGAGGGCUCCAAUGUGCUGGGUCUGGUCAUGUUCAGUGUAAUUCUGGGCACCACCAUCGGCCGAAUGCGUGAGAAGGGUCAACUGCUGCAGGACUUCUUCACCACAUUGAGCGAGGCAAUGAUGACAAUCACCUCGUGGGUUAUCUGGAUUUCGCCAUUGGGUGUGGCCUUCCUGAUAGCCGCCAAGAUCAUCGAAAUGGAGUCCAUAGCAGCGACUAUACAAUCCCUGGGCUGGUAUUUCAUAACAGUUAUGAUUGGUCUCUUUUUGCACGGAUUCGGUACCAUUGCUGUGAUCUUUUUCUUGGGCACACGACGCCUGCCGUAUCGCUAUAUUGCAAAGCUGAGUCAGGUGCUGGCCACUGCCUUUGGCACUGGCUCCAGUUCGGCCACCAUGCCGCUGACCAUCAAGUGUCUGGACAACAUGGGCAUCGAUCCGCGUGUCACACGAUUCGUCAUACCCGUGGGCGCCACCAUCAACAUGGACGGCACUGCCCUCUAUGAGGCUGUGGCCGCUCUCUUCAUUGCCCAGUACCGCGAGAUGAGCUACUCCUUUGGCACCAUUGUGGCGGUGAGCAUAACGGCAACGGCUGCCUCGAUUGGAGCCGCUGGCAUACCGCAGGCGGGCCUCGUCACCAUGGUCAUGGUGCUGGACACCGUGGGCCUGGAGCCCAAGGAUGUGUCCCUCAUUAUAGCUGUCGAUUGGUUGCUGGAUCGCUUCCGCACUACCAUCAAUGUGAUGUGCGAUGCCCUGGGCACUAUUUUGGUUAAUCAUCUGUCGAAGAACGAUCUGGCCAGCGUGGAUAGGCUGAAUGCCGAACCCCAUGAGCUCCUCGAGCUGGGCGCCAAUGGCCAUGAGAUGAAGGAAUGAAGGCAGUCUUCGCUUGGCGCCUAUAAUCGCAAGCGAUGAGUGGACAUGUCCCGGCUGUGGGCCCGAUUCCACAUCCUUCCCCGCCAGGAUAGCGACAGCGAUGACUACGACGAUGAGGAGUUUUAAGGUUCAUCGCUGCGGCGUUUAUCCGUGGGUGGGGGGCGACUCGGACUCGGACUCCAUCAGUUUGUUUGCGAUUAAAUUAUGGGCGACCAAGACGCAUCUAAUUUCCAAGAUUGAUCCAUUUGCAGCAGCCACCUCCGCGCCGAGCAGAGGUCUGCCAGAGUACAAGUACUAAACAAAACAAAACAAAA